UUUUCCGAUUAUUUAAGAGAAGCUUCGGUUACAUAAAUAUUAUUUUACGCGUAGAUUCUUUUAUAUAAUCUAUUUUUGACGGAAUCAAUAAUCAUCUCCUUCUCUUUCGAUCCCUCUCUGCCUUAGCCAUGGCGAAUCUUACCUUAGAGCUCAACGUUUACUCAGCAAAAGAUCUUGAAAAUGUCAACCUCAUCACAAAAAUGGACGUAUACGCCGUCGUUUGGAUCACCGGCGAUGAUUCUCGGAAGAAUCAUAAGGAGAAAACCCCCAUCGAUCGCACCGGAGAAUCUGAGCCUACUUGGAAUCACACCGUCAAAUUUUCCGUUGAUCAAAGGUUAGCACACGAAGGUCGUUUAACCCUCGUCGUGAAAUUGGUCUGCGAUCGGAUCUUCGGCGACAAAGAUCUCGGAGAGGUCCAAGUCCCGGUUCUUGAGCUUCUUCAUGGUUCUUCGUCGCCGUCAUCUAACGGUGACGGUCAGGGGAUGAUGAGAUUUGUUACGUAUCAGGUCAGAACUCCGUUUGGAAAAGGUCAAGGCUCGUUGACUUUUUCGUACCGGUUCGAUUCACCGACAUUUAAACCGGAUCAACCGGUUUCAUCACACGUUUUCCACCAGGAUCCACCGGUAUCAUCAUCACACGUUUACACGAAUCCGAUGGAUAUACCGUCUGAUUUCUCGUCGGCGACGACAAAUUAUCCUCCGCCGCAAUCGUCUGAAGCAAAUUUCUAUCCACCAUUAUCAUCGAUUGGAUAUCCUCCGUCGUCUCCGCCGCAACAUUAUUCCUCACCGCCGUACCCGUACCCGAACCCGUAUCAGUACCAUUCUCAUUACCCGGAACAGCCAGUCGCUGUUUAUCCACCUCCGCCACCCUCUGCAUCGAAUUUAUAUCCUCCGCCGUAUUACAGUACUUCUCCGCCGCAGCAUCAAUCCUAUCCGCCGCCUCCCGGCCAUUCGUUCCACCAAACGCAACCGUCACAGUCGUUUCACGGGUUCGCGCCUUCGUCUCCGCAGAAUCAGCACGGGUAUGGUUAUCCGCCGCCGACGUCACCGGGAUAUGGAUACGGUUGUCCGACUACACAAGUGCCGCCGAAGAAUAAUAAUAAUAAACCAGGGCUUGGGCUUGGGCUUGGAGUGGGAGCUGGGCUUCUGGGAGGAGCAUUGGGUGGGCUCUUAAUCAGUGAUAUAGUAUCCGACAUUGGUUUUGAUUUUUAACCUUUUUAAUAACUUGUGAAAAUUAAGAAACUCCUUUUUUCCUGCUUUUUUUUUCUUUCUAAUUGUUUGUCGUGUUGUCGAUAAUUAACAAAAUAAUAUCUACAAUUUUGUUUACCACUUAAUAAUCAUAUUAGAUAAUAAUAAUCACUGAGUAAAUUAAUAUCAAUGUUUACAAAAUCUAUUGUAUAUGUUAUUUAUCGGUUUUAUUUUAUCCCUGUUAUGUAUAAAAAUAAGAUUUUCCCAUAGAAACAAUUAUAAUUUGUUGAAUAAUAGUUUUGCUCUUGCUUAAACAACAAAUAAUCAUACUUGUU